UUUCAAGUUGAGAGUUUCGCAUCAUUUGCAAACCCAGCUUAGCAGUCGUGGUGCGCGUUCCAAUCGCAAAACAAUUGUGCAUAAACAAAAGCAUAAACCAGCAGCAGCAGCAACAACAACAACAACAACAACCGCAACUGGGCGAGCAAAACAAGUUUUGCUUCGCCGCCAGCCAUACACCCACUUUAUAGUAUAUAGUAUAUGUACUAUAUAUAGAAAAUCGUUAAACAGCGACUGUGACGAUGGCUUUUGGUGCAAAGUGCGCAAUUGCUGCCGUCGCCGUAUUUGCGCUUCUGCUGACGCAUGAGGGGGUUGUGGAUGCCCGCCGUAACCAGGGCAGCAACCAGCGCAAAAGCUCAUCCAGCAGCAACUCCGGCCAUGUGACUCAGCCCAGCUACAACACCAACAACAACAACAACAAUGGAGGCAGCAACUCCCACGCCGAUGUGGCCAAAUUGAGCUAUCCCAAUUACAACUCGCAGCCGAAUCGUCCGGCCAGUAAUCCGGCCAAUAGCCCGCCCGCCGCUGGCUGGAAUGUACCACAGGGCCCACCGCCCGCCUACUCCGCCUCGAAUCCGGCGGGUGGCAGCCAUACCAACAUGCAUGAGCCCCCACCGGCCUAUCAUGCACCCAACUAUGGCGCCGCACCCGGCGCAAAUGUACACCAGCCGAUAACAGCAACGCAGAAUCAUGGACAGCAAUAUGCUGGCGCCCAACCCGCUGGCGCUUAUAAUCCAGCUGGCAAUUAUAUGCCAGGAGGCGGCUAUCAACCGGGUGGCAGCUACUAUCCAGGACAGGGCGGCUAUCAUCCGGCUGCAGCACCGCCACCAGGCGCCACAUACUAUCAGGCUGGCUCAGCUCUACCGCCGGGCGCCACCUACUACGCCCAGCCGCCGCAACAAUCUUCCUCCGGCCUGGGCUUCGGCACCGGCCUGAUCGCGGGUGGCCUCGGCGGCGCUUUACUUGGUCAUGCGCUGACACCAUCGGGCGGUUCCUCGCAGCCAGCGGCUGCUGCACCAGCUGCAGCUGGUGGACAGGAUCGCAUCAUUAUUAUCAACAAUGGUGUGCCGGUGAAUGCCAGCGAUGGCACCACUGUCAUCAAUGCUGCUCCAGUGAAUGGCACCCAAAUGGCUGCCGAUGCUGCGCCCGCACAGCUGGCACCAUUUUCGCCCGAAGGCGUCAACAUGACCAUGGCCAAUGGCACCGAUGCGUCUGGAGCAGCAGCAGCACCAGCCGCGCCGGGCAACAUUAUAUGCGUGCCGCACAAGGUCAACGAAACGGAUCCGGCCGACAGCAGCAAAAUGAUUGAAGUGGAGAAAAUUGCUUGUUAUCCGGCUCCACCGCCGCCAGCCGCCGCACCCGGCGCUGAGCCCGUACCGUUGGCACCUAUGGCACCGCCCAUGGCCACCAGCCAGGCGCCACCAGCCAUGCUGGCACCCGACCAGGCAGCCGUGCGCUCCAAUACCAGCGCUGGCAAUCAGCUGCAGGCCGCCUGGCCCCUGCUGGCCGCCCUCUUGGGCGGUCUGCUGCUGCGCUUUGCGGCUGCCGCCGGCAACUAGAAACGUCGCGAAUGUUUCCAAUUAUUGCUUUGCACCAUUUACUCGCGCCAGGCCACACAGCUAAAAUAAUCAAAACCCAAGCAACGCCCCCAACAAGCUCGCAUCUGCAGCGUAUUUUUGUAUUAUUCAUUUUUUCCUGUUUGAAAAUUAUGCAUUGUUAACUAGUAUUUGUCCGUAGAGUAUUCCUAAAUUCUUAUUUCUAAUUUGUAGAUAACUUUGCUUGAUUAUUAGUCGCUGAUCAAUUAUGGUGUCGAUGACGAUGAGGCAGCUAAUCCCGCCAGCUGCGAUAUAUCAAAACUGUGAAUCUCGUAAAAAUGUUAAAUGUUAUUGCUUCUAGCAUAGAAAAGCCGCGAACAUUCCCUUUUAAAGGGAGCUAAUGCACCUUCCCCCCCAAUCCAACUCGAUUCCUCUCGAGCACUUUUUAAAAGACAUCUCUCAGUGUAUAACGUAUAUAGUGUGUAGUAAUUGUUGCCUAAGUAUUAUGAAGAUGCUUUAAAUCAGUUGCAAUAUAUUUGUAGGCACUUUUUGUAUUUGCUUCUUGUAUGUUGUUUAUUGUCUCGUUUUGUUUAAAUAAUUGUUUGUUUUCUAUGUUUUUUUGUCAAUUGAUUCAAUAAAAGCUUUAACAUCACGCCGCACUCCAAGCUCCAA